AACGAAGACAAAAUUUAAAACAAUUUUUUUUAAAUUUAAAACUCCAAAUAAAACUAACAUCACAUGUUAACAAAUUAAUGAGAUCAAAAUAUGUUAGUUUUGAGUUUUCAUUCUCUUUCUCUUUCUCUUUCUCCAAGAAACUAAUACUACUUAAGCUAAAGAACUAACACUUCUCUCAAAGUUUCUCCAAAGCCCUUUAUUAGUUAACACAUAAAGAGAUCUAAAGAGAGAGUGUAGAGAGAGAAGGGGAUGAAUAGAGGAGUUUCGGAGAGUUCGCCGGUUCUUCAACAGAUGAUGGCGGCCGGAAACCCUAAUUGGUGGAAAGAAAGCGGUGACAUGAGGCCACCACCACCGUUAAUGGGUCAUCAGCAAGGGCCAUUGCCGCCACAAAUGACAAAUAACAACAAUUAUCUCCGACCUCGAAUGAUGCCGACUCUCUUGCCGCACUUUUUACCAUGUCCAUCGACUUCUUCUUCACCAUCUUUGCCUAAUAACCCUAAUCUCUCUUCUUGGCUUGAAAGAAAUGAUCUCCCUCCUGAGUCUUGGAGCCUUAGCCAACUUCUUUUGGGUGGAUUAAUGAUGGAAGAGGAAGAGAGAUUGGAGAUAAUGAACCAUCAUAUUCAUCAUGAUGGACAACACCAUAGUUUUCAAGGGAAGAUGAGACUAGAGAAUCGGGAAGAACAAGUCCUAAGCCACCAAGAAGCUUCCAUGGGGGUUGUUGACAUCAAACAAGAGAGUAUCAUUAACAACAACAAUGGCCAUCAUCUCAUAUGUUCUCCAAAUUCACCUCCUAACAAAUCUUGUGUCACAACCACAACCACAACCACAACAAGCCUCAAUAGCACCGACGAUGAUAACAACAACAACAACAAUAUUAUGUUUGAUUUCUCUAGCAAUCACAAUGGUCUUAAUUUUUCCGAGGGCAGACACACUCCCCCGGAUCAAUCUUCUGAGUGUAACAGCUUAGAUAUUGGUGGGUCUACUAAUAAGAAGCCAAGGCUUCAACCUUCUCCUUCGUCACAGUCAACCCUCAAGGUGAGAAAGGAGAAACUAGGAGGACGGAUCGCAGCGCUUCAUCAGCUAGUAUCUCCAUUUGGCAAGACUGACACAGCUUCUGUCCUGUCGGAAGCUAUUGGAUACAUUAGAUUCCUUCAUAGUCAAAUUGAGGCUCUGAGUCAUCCAUACUUUAGUACGACUGCAUCGGGGAAUAUGAGGCACCAACAGCAUUUACAAGGAGACAGAAGUUGCUUAUUUCCUGAGGACCCUGGUCAGCUCGUGAAUGAUCAGUGCAUGAAGAGAAGAGGAGCUUCGUCUUCGUCCACGGAAAAUCAAAAUGCAAAUGAAGAACCUAAGAAAGACUUGAGAAGUCGAGGUUUAUGUCUUGUUCCAAUCUCCUGCACACUCCAAGUCGGCAGCGACAACGGCGCCGACUAUUGGGCUUCGGCGCUCGGCUCGGCCGGUUUCCAGUGAAAGCCAGUGAAACUAUGCGACGUGGAAUUCCAACCUUAGAGAAAAUGAUAUAACAUCACGAGCAGUCAGUCUACUGAGAAACCAACAAAUUGAGUUUCCAAGGCUGAUUGCUCAUGAUGCUAUAUACAAAGUACUUCUUUUAUUAAUACUUUGCUAGAGAAUUUGCGUUUAGCAUUUGGUGAAUAUGCGUUUAGCAUUUGGUGACUAUGCGUUUAGGCUUUCAUCAUUCGUUGUGUUAUCAGAUGAUCAAGCAUUAUGUCCUUGCUUUAGGAAACUGUUUGUUAUAUUAUCGGUUGUAACUUGUAAUUUGUGGUUACUUAUUUUUUUCUUUUCAUUACUUCCAUGUGAUUUGUGUCGUCGCAUUUGCUAAUAUGAUUAUACAUCA